AGGCAGAUGGGGGGCUUUUUUUUGUGAGAGCGAAUUGUUUAGCGAAGAUAUAGAACCACGCAGGGGCACAGUAGUUCGUCUUGUUGAACAUGGAUAGAAUAGCCAAAUAUUGAUGCCUGCACUGCAGAUAUAAAACCCUGGGGCGCGGCUCCACGACGGUCACGCACUCUCGCAGCGCAGCGACGAAAAAAUGCGGCCCACGUAUAGUAACCGCUACCUGGAGACUGCGAACAGCACGGAGUCGCUCCGCACCGUGAAGCCGGACUGGUCCAAGCUCGAGCAGCAAACAAGCAGCGCGAGCCGGAGCGGCUAUGCACCCUCGUCCUCCUCCACCUCUUCGUUGAAAUACACGAAGGAGCAGCUGCGAAGGGACGGGGUGAAAGCCGGGAUCGAGGUCACGCGAGUACCACCGAAAAUCUUGACGGUGAAAGAUGUGGGCAGCAUCGACCAGUUUCUCUCCGAGCAGUACAAUGUGCAGUACCAGGACCCGGACUGGGAGAGACAGAUCCUGCUCCCCUUGCACGUCUACGACGACCAAACGCUGAUUUUCCGCCUGCCCAGCGAGUGGAAAAAGUGCGGCUUUCCGUUGAAGGCGUACGCGCUGCAGACGAAGUCGAAUGGGAGUAGAAAAUACGAGGCUUGCGUGGUCGUGGACUACGACCCGGAGGGGAACUGCUUCUAUGUGCAGUGGCUUUCCGACGCGGACAGCAAGCCGCAAAAAAUGGAGCCGCUGCACGUCUGCUUCGAGGGGGAGGACGUCGCGAAGUACUGCAGCCGCGUGGCCAGCUGCCACCAGAGGAGACGGUACGCAGAAUCAUUGCUGAAGUACCAUUUCUGUGUGGACAACAUGCCGACGUCGAGUAGCAGCGUCGUGCCCGUCAACGGCCAGACCAGCAUCUCCACGACAGGCGGCGCCCCCGCGUUCUCCUGUCCACCACACGUCUUGGACCGAAUUGCCAACACCGCCUGCAACACGAAGGAACUGCAGGAGGACCGGGCGGAGUUGCCCAUCCACGGCCUCUGCGAGGAGGUGAGCGCGGACUACGCCAGGUCGAUGAACAAAAUCAUCUUUGACGACGUGGUGCUCGCGCAGAGUAGCAAGAGCGGCGCGGGCAAGAGCAACAGCCAGGACCUGGACUUGCUCAACGAAUUGGAACUACCCCCGAAGGAACCACCACCACCGGUGCCAUUCAAGGGCGUAAAAGAACUGGGGACUUUUGUCCAAGACCAGACGCAGCAGAGCAGCAUCGGCGAGCCCGAAAGGGGGAUGCCGAUCAAGGUCGAUUUUAGGACAACGUUCUCGGCCUUUUGCAAAUCCUCGCUGCGGAUUCGCCCCGAGGUCGUGGCCUGCAUGUCCGACGUGCAACAGGAGUGCCAAGCGGUGCUGAACAAGUCGGUGUUCCGAACAAACUACGUCGCGGGGAAGGAUGUGAACGCGAUCAAGAGGCUCGCGGAGGUGGACAUCAUGCACGAGCCCUGGGCGCCCAACGAAUUUCUGUCUAACGAAUCAGAUCACAUUGCGCAGAUGCAGUAUCUGACGCAGAAGUUCGUCCCCAACGUGCGCGCACACGUGUACCGACACCUGAACUCCGUGGAACAGAAGUGGUUCAACCUCUACGAGACGGAUCUGAACAAAUACAGGAACAGUCGGCUCAGGUGCUUCUUGGAAGAAAUCGACCUGCGACUGCAGGAUACGAUACACACAUUAGGUGUGAAGUCGCUGCACUAUUUUGAGCGCCUACUACGGUUAUACAUGCCAGAGAAGGUUGUCGUGAAUUCCCUGAAGGACGUCAAGACCAUUCGCACGCGCGCUAACGCCGACGCAGUGAAGCCGGUCGUGCUCUUCAAGCUGAAGAUGAUCCUCACCUUCGAGAAAAAGACGGCAACGACCGGUGUAUUGGAGAAAGUGAAGGCCGAAAUGGCUGCGCAGCAAAAGAGCAACAGCAAGGAGGCGCCAGCCAGGAGGUCCAGCUUGAGCAACGCGCUCAGGAAGGCCGGGUCCAAAGUCAUGAGCCUCGGCGAGCUCGCGAAGGGGAGCAAGAACAAAUCCAAGGGGUCCGCUAUCAGGAACCGCAGGCAGUCCUACGCCCUGGAGGAGGGCGGCGACGCUGCGGAAGAGGAGGAUUUGAAGCCCUACAGCUACGACGUGAAGCCCAUGAGCAUCAUGAACAUGCUCUGCCAUUUGUUCGACAAGGGUGUGAAGCAGCUCGACGGGGUGAGCUCGAUCCAGCUCCUCAUCCUCCCCCACCUCUUCCCCGCCGGCGAGGGUUUUCUGCAAAAGGGGUUUGCGGAGAACGAGAAGUGGGUCCAGGACUUAAGGAAAAGCAUCAAGGCCACGAUGGACAAGCAUCUGCCCUGGUUGGAGUCCACAGUGGCGUUCUUCGAGCAGUAUUUGGAUACCAUCAACCUCGAUCCGGAGAAGAAAAUUCAAGAACUGGAGCAGAAGUUCAAAACCGAGGGGCCGGACUCUUUACCGGUCGCGGAGAUCCAGAAGUUGGUCGACUUGCAAAGAACCAAAAUCAACCAGAUCGAGGAAACCAUCCCGGAUAAAAUCUACGUCGGGAUGGUGCAGGUGGAGUGCAUGGACUUCAAGAAGCAGCUAAAAGACAAACUGGAGCGACUGGCAAAGCUCUACCUGAAGUUCCUGGCCGACGUGAAGCUCGGCAUCUUGCUGGAGUCAGCGACGAACCAGUUCGCGGACAUGUUCAAAAACUUACGCGAACCGGUAUUCAACAUCGCGGAACUGGUGGAGCAGCAGGAAUACAUCAAAUCUUUAGAUGCAGAAGUGAAGAAGCUCGAGGUGCAGAUCAAGGACAACCUGGCGCUCUGCGACCUGCUGGAAACGAAGUACGGCUACAAAAUCACGCGCGACGUGUCGGACAAGAAGUGGCGCAUGUACGCUUCCCCCGGGGACGUCGGCCGGCUAGUGGAGGAGGUGACCGAGAAGCUGGAGUUCCAGCGCCGGGAAUUAUGAACUGCAAAAGUAUCGUACUCGUAUAAAUGCAUUACAAAUUUCCUCAGCAUGAGACGGAAAAUUUGUAAUGCGGAUUUGCCUUCACCUUCAGAAAAAAAUUUGUAAUGCAAGACUUGACAGGCCAGCCGCCGUGAGUGACUACCACCUCUGUUACUGAGGGAGCGUGUGUCCUCCUCGACUGAGUUGCGUGCGCGGCCCAUCCGUGUUCCGCGUAAACCUCUACAGGAGAGUGUGCGCCGCGUCGAAAAGCUCCCUUCCGUAUGGAGCGCCCCGAACCCGUUUUCGCGCACCUUUAUGAUGGCCUCACUGUUAUGAGAAGUUAGAUCAGUUUGUAGAACCCAGUCUGUUUAUGCUAGCAGAGGGCUAGUGCGCUGUGAACCCCCAGGACCAGGCUGACUCAGCCCCGACCGAAGUGGUCGGCGCUAGGGUGAACUAUGUAUGUAGCGCGUAGGGCCCUUCCGUACGGCCAUAUGUAUGUCCCGCAACGGGGUUCGUCUAUGUCGGUCAUUUAUAUGCAAGGCGAUGGCGGGUUACCCGGUCGGCAGAGCCGAUCCACACGAACGAGCGAGCGAAGACUUGCAUUUAUACGAAUACGAUACUUGUUUUGCACAGGAUAGGAAUUCCUCGGCGCCAACAAGGGGGAGCAGGAAGCCUACGAAAAGCUGUUCGUCAGGCUGAAGCAGGAAGUGUCCGAGUUCACGAAAUACGACAGCUUGUCGAUGGUGGACUUCGUAGCGGCGAAAACCCGGGAGAUUUCUACGCACUUCGAGGAAUCGCUCGAGAACACGAAGCAGUUCAACGCCCGGGAGUUGCUGUUCGACCCCAACGCCGAGCCCACGGACUACUCCUCGCUCGGCGAGCUGAUUAAGCAGUUCGAGCCCUACCAGAACCUGUGGAAGACCGCGGGCGACUGGGUCGACAACAAAAAGAAGUGGAUGUUCGGCGAUUUCGAUGAGAUCGACUCAAAGAAGGCCGAGGACGAGGUGAUGAGCGGCAUCAAGUUGAUGUUCAAGACGGUCCGCAUGUUUCAGACACUGGAACAGAAGCAGAAGGAGGAGAUAUUGCAAUGAAAAAUGCCCCCACCCCGAAUUUGGCAGCAUUUUUUGUCUUGCAAACCUUUCCAAUGGAAGCAUUCCCCGUCUUGCAUCUAUCAGCAUCACAAAUUUAUUACCAUGCUGAAUACCUCCAAUUUGUGUUGCAGAGGAGCCCAACAGCAGCCAGAUCUGUUUAUGCAAAAGAUACCUUGCGCGCCGACAUUCUGCACCAGAGAGGCUCGUAGUCCUUUCAUGCAAGACAAAAAGCUUUCAUUUGGAAACUUUGCAUGAGAAACUGUCGCAAAUUCCGGGGUGGGGGCAUUUUUCAUUGUAAUAGGAGAUGCAGGAGUGGAGCAUGGAGCACCCGGAGGAGCCGUUUCCCGAACAGGUGCUCGAAUUGUCCGGCAUCAUCUCUAUGCAUUGCAAAAGUAUCGUACUAGUAUAAAUUGCAUUACAAAUUGACUUAGCAUUACAAAUUAAAUCUGUAAUGCGGAUUUGCCUUAGCAAAAAGAUUUGUAAUGCAUAUUUGCAAUUGCAAUUAGUACGAAUACGAUACUUUUGCACAGGAUAGUCUCCAUCGCCGACCAAAUCAAGAAGGAGCUGGAGGAGUUCCGACCCAACCUCCCGCUCAUCAUCGGGCUCCGCAACCCGGGGAUGCGCGACCGCCACUGGAAACAGAUCUCCGACAUGGUCACGGAGCGCACGGAGAAGGAGGUGAGCGUCAGUCCCGCGAUGAAGGGCUUCUGCUUGGAGUCGUUCCUGAGCAUGGGGCUGCGCGACUUCAUCGAGGACAUCGAGUCCAUCGGCGACCGGGCGGGGAAGGAGUUUUCGCUGGAGAAGUCUCUGGCCGCCAUGAAGGCGGACUGGGAGCCGGUGGUGUUCGACUUGUCCAGUCCGUACCGGAAUACGGGAACGUACAUUCUCAAGGGUGCGGACGAGGCACUCGCGCUGCUCGACGAACACAUUGUCAUGACGCAGGCGAUGCAGUUCAGUAUCUUCAAAAAGCCAUUCGAGGAGGAAAUCGACGAGUGGGCAAACAAAUUGAUGCUCGUGUCCGAAACGCUGGAUAUGUGGUUGAAGGUGCAGAGAUCCUGGAUGUACCUGCAGCCCAUCUUUGACUCCGAAGACAUCAUGAAGCAGCUCCCUGCCGAGGGAAAGCGCUUUAAGCAGGUCGACGCGCAGUGGCGCAGGGCCAUGAACGCAGCGCACGCUAAUCCGAAGGUACUGGCAUAAGAGUUUGUAUACCUCCUGAUUGUGACUUUUCAAAGGUCUCGGCUGAUUCGAUAGGCAUGCGAUCGCUUUGAAAAAGUUUGCAAAAGAUAGCCCUGGAAGCUUCUCGUUCAAAACCUGCACGCAGCCCCAUAGCCAUACAACGACUAGCAGACAUAGAUGUAAUAGAUUGGAAAAUUAUUCGCACAUCAAAAAUAUAACGACAGGUGAUCGAAAUUUGUGCUGACGAAGCUUUGCGAGACACGUGGAUCACGUCCAACACGAUGCUGGAUUUGGUGCAGAAGGGCUUAGAGGAUUACCUGGAAAUGAAGCGCUCCCUGUUCGCUCGCUUCUACUUCCUCUCCAACGACGAGCUGUUGGAGAUUCUGUCGCAAACGAAAGACCCCACCCGGGUCCAACCGUUUCUGUGCAAGGUGUUCGAAGCCAUGGGGUCGGUCAACUUCACGGAGGAUUUGGACAUCACCGCCAUGAAAUCCACGGACGGGGAGGUGGUGCCCUUCGUCGAGCCGAUGGCCACUCGGGAGAAGCCCGUGGAGGCCUGGAUGACGGAGGUGGAGUUCAACAUGAAGGAAGCCGUGAGGAAAGCCAUGGAGAACGCCGUGAUGACCUACCCGGAGACCCCCCGGAAGGAGUGGGUGCUGCAGCACGCCGCGCAGACGGUGCUGAACGGCUCGCAGGUGUACUGGACGGACGAAACCGAAGAGUCGUUCGGGGAGGGCACGGUGGCGCAACACGCGGCGAAUCUGGGCAAGCAAAUCUUGGACCUCGUCUUCCUGGUUCGUGGCGGCUUGACGAAAGCGCAACGCACCUCCAUCGGGGCGCUGGUCGUGCUGGAUGUGCACGCAAAGGACGUGGUGGAAAAGUUCGUCGAGGAGGGGGUGAACGACGAGGAGGCGUUCGAGUGGAUUUCGCAGUUGCGGUACUACUGGGAGCAUAACGAGGAGCACGCCGGCUACGAGACGUCGCAGAACAGAAGUAACUUGUGGGUGAAGUGUGUGCAGACCGAGUUCCCCUAUGGCUACGAAUACCUGGGUAACUCGUUUAGGUUGGUGAUCACGCCCCUCACCGAUAUGUGCUACAUCACUUUGAUGGGUGCGCAAUCGUUGAACUUGGGUGGCGCCCCCGCUGGGCCGGCCGGUACCGGGAAGACGGAGACGACGAAGGUAUCACCAUGUUCUCUGUUAAGUACUUUCAUUUGUAGGACUAUAUCUAUACGCCCGAAAUUUUGAUUUGUUUGAUCAAAACAGUAGCUUCAUCAUCUCGUGCUCGUCUGCACGAAAAUCAUUUGAAGAAUUUGCCGAAAAUCACCAACAGGAUUUGGCGAAAGCACUGGCGAAGCAGUGUGUGGUGUUCAACUGCAGUCCGGAGAUGGACUACAUUAUGGUCGGGAAAUUCUUCAAGGGACUUGCUUCUUGUGGUGCCUGGUGCUGCUUCGAUGAGUUCAACCGAAUCUACAUCGAGGUGCUGUCGGUGAUCGCCCAGCAACUGCUGAUCCUCUUCGGCGCGAAGUCCGAGCUGGCCAGUUACAGUGACACCAAGGAGUUGGACUUCGAGGGCAGCAUGAUCCAGAUGUACCCAACGUUCAACGUGUUUAUCACGAUGAACCCCGGUUACGCCGGGCGUACCGAGCUCCCCGACAAUCUCGCGGCUUUGUUCCGCCCCAUGGCAAUGAUGGUGCCGGAUUACGGCCUGAUCGCGGAGAUUAUGCUCUACGCCUUCGGGUUCGACGCGGCGCGCUUGCUGGCACGAAAGAUGGUGUACACCUUCAAACUUUCCUCGGAACAGCUCUCCUCGCAGGACCACUACGAUUACGGGAUGCGUGCCGUGAAGACGAGUAUCGAGGCAUGCGGUUUGUUGAAGAAGAACUUCGGCGACAUGGACGAGAGUCAGAUCGAGCUGCGCGCACUCAGGGACGUGAACGUGCCGAAGUUUCUCAAAGACGAUUUGCCGCUGUUCGAGAACAUCAUCAGUGAUUUGUUUCCGGACACGCCCCGGCCCGUCGUGGACUACGGGGAUCUUUUCACCGAGUUGGAGAAGACUUGCAAGCAGGUCUUCAACCUGCAGCCGACGGCGUGGUUCAUCGAGAAGAUUAUCCAGUUGAUGGAUACGAUCCGCGUCCGCCACGGUAUGAUGAUCGUCGGGCCCACCUGGGCCGGGAAAACGCAGAACUACCGCGUGCUGGCGCACAGUUUGACGCAGCUCGCCCCGACAACCAACGAGGAUUACUUCAAAGUGACCAACAUCUACAUCAUCAACCCGAAGGCCAUCACGCAAACGCAACUCUACGGGGCGUUCGAUGAGGUCACGCACGAGUGGAGCGACGGCAUCGCGGCCGAGGAAGUCAGGAUCGCCGUGAAAGCGGGGAAGGCGGGAAGCGAUGAUAACCAAUGGAUCAUGUUCGACGGGCCGGUCGACGCGCUCUGGAUCGAGUCGAUGAACACCGUGCUGGAUGACAACAAAAAGCUUUGCCUAACUUCGGGUGAAAUCAUCUCGCUCACCCCCUUUAUGCGCAUCCAGUUCGAGGUCGAGGAUCUCUCCGUUGCCUCCCCGGCCACCGUGUCCCGGUGCGGCAUGGUCUACAUGGAGCCGGUCGCACUGGGUACGCAACCGCUGAUCGACUCCAUGAAGCCGAACUUCCCGAAGCUGAUCGGAAACAACGUGCGCGAGAAGUUCGCGAGCCUGUUGACAAACUUCCACAUGCCCCUCAUCCGAUGCAUUUACAAGAAGUGCGCCGAGCCGUCGGGCACGGAGACGAACCAAGUGGUUUACGCGUUCUGGCGGCUCUUUGCCACCUUCCUGGUUGACUACGAGGUCACCGAAGCGAAAACGCCAACCGAUGCGGAAAUCGAGGAUUUCGCCAGCACCAUCUUCCCGAACAUCUUCGUCUUCUGCCUGGCCUGGGGCCUGGGCGGGUCCAUCACGGCCGCCACCCGGCCGCACUUCUCGGAGGAAGCUUGGGGGUUGAUCAACGCCCACACAGCGGAGCUCUCCGGGUUCUCGCUGAAGGAGGGCACCAACAUCUACGACAUGUGUUACGACGUGGAAAAGAAGAAGUGGGUGAAGUGGGACGACACCGUGCCGAAAUUUCAAAUCCCGCCCCGCGCCGAGUACGACAAAAUCGUCGUGCCCACGACCGACUCCAUUCGCAUGAUGUUCACGGCGUCCAGGCUGGUCGAGAACGAGAGGCACGUGCUGAUUCCCGGGAACACGGGAACCGGGAAGUCCAUCCUCAUGGCCCAGUACCUGCAAAAGAACGCGCCGGACUUCAUCCAGUCCGUCUUUAUCAACUUCUCCGCGCAGACGCAGGUGAACCAGUUCCAGGAUCUGAUCGACUCCAAGUUGGAAAAGAGACGGCGCGGGGUGUACGGCCCGUCUGCCGGGAAGAAGCUGGUCCUGUUUGUGGAUGACUUGAACAUGCCGCAAAAGGAGUUCUACGGCGCCCAGCCGCCGAUCGAACUCAUCCGCAUGUGGAUGGAUCACGGAGGAUGGUACACAGUUUUCAUCUGUGAAAAGUACUUGUUGAGUUCGCUGUCUUAUUCAUUAUGUCCGAACAAUGAAUAGCCAGCAAGCCAUAUAUCGUAAGUACUUACUACUUUUUGCAUCGUUUCAUGAUACACCAGGGUAGGCACACGCAUGAUCCGGUCGCGCAAAUGGCUUCUUACUCAGUUGUAUGUGCUCUAUUUCCUACAUGCCAUGACAGGUACAACCGCAAGGAGCUUGUUUUUCUGCAGAUUAUCGACAUUGUCUGGCUCUCGUGCAUGGGUCCGCCCGGUGGCGGUAAGACUGUGACCACCAACCGGUUACGUCGCCACUACAACACCCUGGUGUGCGCGGACCUGUCCGCGAGCAGUAUCGAGUCGAUCUUCAAAACGACUCUAGGCUAUUUUCUCGCCAAUUUCGAGGGCGGCAUUCCGACCCUGGUCGAGCCGCUGGUGAAGAGCAGCGUGAAGAUCUUCGACAUGGUCACCGAGACGCUCCUUCCCACCCCCGCGAAGUGCCACUACGUGUUUAACUUGCGUGACACGUGGAAGGUCUUCCAGGGCGUGAGCAACCUGCACCCCAAGAAGGUGAAUGACCAGACCAUGGUGAUCAAGUGCUGGUUCCACGAAAACUUCCGUGUGUUCUCCGACCGGUUCAUCAACCACGAAGACAAGGACUGGUUCAAACAGACCCUGAUCGAGCUUCUUCCCGACAUCAAGGGCGGCGUGAAGGAAGAAAACAUCUUCGACAAGGAGCGGCUGGUUUUCGGGGACUUCAUGAUCCCCGGCGCCGACCCGCGGUUUUACGUGGAGAUCCCGGACAUGGACCAAAUGAAACAGAUCAUCGAGUCCUACCUCGACGACUACAACAACAUCGCCAGUCUGCAGAUGCCGCUGGUGAUGUUCACGGACGCCUGCGAACACGUGAGCCGCAUCGGCCGCGUGCUGGGAAUGCCCAGCGGCAACGCGCUCUUGCUCGGUGUCGGUGGUUCCGGGAGGCAGUCUCUGACGCGCUUAGCGUCGUUUACCAGGGAUUUCCCCACUUUCCAGAUUGAAGUCGGCAAGGGCUACGGCUGGAACGAGUUCAAGGAGGACUUGAGGACGAUCCUGAAGAAGUGCGGCGUGCAGGAUAAGGUACAUACAAUUCAAGUCGAUUUUGUUGUGCACAGAUUUUUUGUGCUUGUGUCGUACGAUUGCGUAAAGCGUUUAGUGCGGUGCUGGCCGCUGCGUGUUCUUAUUUAUUUCAUCGCUCCUUGUCCUUGAGCUACAGAACAAGAACUUGCAUUAUUGAUUUUGAUACUGAUUCUUGAAGCGAAAAGGAAACCGCUUUAUCUAUCACAGACCAACACCUUCCUGUUCUGCGAUACGCAAAUCGUGAAGGAACAGUUCAUCGAGGCCAUGAGCAACAUCCUGAACUCCGGGGAUGUUCCCAACUUGUACCCGUCCGAAGAGAUGGACCAGAUCGUUGGCUCCUGCAAAGCUUUAGCAUCGCAAGCAGGACUUCCGCCGACGAAGACCAACAUCUUCAACUGCUACGUCCAGCGGGUCAAGAAGAAUCUCCAUGUCGUCUUGGCCUUCUCGCCACUAGGAGAUGCUUUUGCGAGGCGAUUGUUGAUGUUUCCAGGUAGCAAGCCUUGCUUUCUGCAUGCGAUGAUGAUGAUGAUGAUGAUGAUUCUGCAACGAUGCACGUUCUUUUUGGAAAUGUCUUUUACCACUUCCGUAGUUAGUUCAUUUGCAGCUGCACCAUUGCCGCUGUGAGCUCAUUUGAAACUUUUUUUCCACCAAAAUACCAGCACUCGUGAACUGUUGUACGAUCGAUUGGUUUAUGGAGUGGCCGGCAGAGGCACUGUACAACGUCGCAAAGCAGCAGAUGGCCGGCGAGGGACCGGACGCAGUGAGCAGCAAGUUGGCCGGCGUCACCAUGGACGGUGUGCUGAACACUUUCAAGGUAAUCCACCAGUCUGUGGAGCGUGGCUCCCUUCGUUUCUUCGACGAGCUGAAGCGAAAGUCGUACGUGACGCCCACCUCCUACCUGGAGCUGCUGAACUCCUUCAAGAAGGUCUUGGACAUGAAAACGAAAGAGGUGAACACGCUGAUCCACCGUUUCCAAUCCGGUUUGGACAAACUCGCUUCCGCAGAGGAGCAGGUUGCGGUCAUGGAGAAAGAGCUCACGGACCUGCAGCCUGUGUUGGAGAAAACUUCCGUAGAAGUGGCCGAGAUGAUGGUGGUGAUUCAACGGGACAAGAAAGUCGCGGAGGAAACCAAAGAAGUGGUAGACAAGCAGGCCGCGGCCGCCGAAAUCCAGGCGGCAGAGGCGCAGGAGAUUAAGGACGACGCACAGAGAGAUUUGGAUAAGGCUCUGCCAGCGCUGGACGCCGCCGUGAAGUGCUUGCAAUCCCUGAAACUCUCCCACUUGCAGGAGGUGAAGGCCUUGGGCUCCCCGCCCGCGGGUGUGAAACUGACCAUGGAGUAUGCUGAGUAAAAUCGUCCACACCCCAUAGUCAAGAUGGGAAAUCUGCUACACAUAUCAGCCAGCUUUGGCUGUUGCGCAUGACAAGUUUGGCCUCGGAUUACUAUAGUAAUCCUGUUUAGCUAGUUCAGCAGCAUCACAGAGCUAGCGCAUUAUGCUGAUUGGAGCGCCGCAAAUUCCACGACACGACUAGAAAACGCUUCUCAUGGGGCUCCGCAUGAGAAAGAUUUUGAGCAUGCAGAAUUGCAUGACAACUACGACGAUGGCACUUUGGUGUCCGCCUGACCGACCCGCCCGGCGCGUCAAGCUCUGCGGCCAUGGUGCAAUGGGGUGGAAAAGUGUGCUGCAUUUUGUUUAGCAUGACAACUUACUAUGGGGUGGGGACGUUUUUACACAGGAUAUGGAGGCGAUGUGCGUCAUGUUCGAGCUGAAGCCGAAAAUGGUUGUAUCGUAAGGAAAAAUCCUCCCUCCCCAUAUCGAGACGAAGUUUCUGAUGCUGGAUUUCCGCACACAAACGCGCGCUGUCUUGCAGUAAGGCAUCGCAGCCAGAUCCUCAGCCUCGAUAGGGGCGCUUGGGUCCAGUUGUUUAGCAUUGAAAACGGCACUUAGCAUGCCCAACAGCAUGCCAAAUCGCUUCCAUAAUGGCGCGGAAGCCUUUGCGCCUGUCUUCUUGCAAGACAGACGCGAUUUGUGGUCUCAAAUCACCAACGGGGCCUACGGAUAUCAGGCGGAAAUAGGGCUCAAAUCACCAACGCAAAUUUUCGGAAACAUACCUGUUCGAUAUGGGGAGGGGGAUGUUUCCGUUCAAUAGGUUGCCGAUCCGAGCGGCGCGCCCGGUAAGAAAGUCGCGGACUACUGGGAUGUCUCAAAGGGGUCGUUGUUGGCUGAUCCAAAGAAACUUUUACAGGAUCUCUUCGAUUUCGAUAAGGACAACAUCCCAGAUAAGGUGAUCAAGGGCAUUCAAAAGUACAUCGACGACGAGGGUUUCCAGCCUGAAGCGAUCAAGAAAGCGUCCGUCGCGUGCGAGGCGCUGUGCAUGUGGUGCCGAGCGAUGCACACGUACCACUACGUGGCACUGGCCGUGGAACCCAAGAGAAUAAAGCUUCGCGGGGCGGAGGAGGUGCUCGCGAAGACCAUGGCAGAACUGAAAGAGGCACAGGACACCCUGAAGGGCAUCAUGGACAAACUCACCGACCUCGAGAACAACUUCAACGCCGCGGUGGCGAAGCAGAAGCAACUGAAGGAUGACAGCGACAUGUGUAUCGUCAAGCUGGAGCGCGCCAACAAGCUGAUCGGCGGUCUCGGUGGUGAGAAGGCGCGUUGGAUUCAAACCGUUGCAGACUUGAAGGGAAAGCUGGGCUUGCUGCCUGGGGACUGCCUCAUGACCGCUGGUGAGCCUAUUUUUGUUGAAUCUCUUUUGUACAACAACUCUUUGUCUUUGCAUCACUGGAAUUCGCCUUUAGUACUUUUUUUAUCUAAUCAGUUCGGUACUUUGUCUAUUGACAACAUCUAUCUUACUGCAGGUGCCCUCUCCUAUCUCGGUAUCUUCAGUGGUGUCUACCGCGACCAGAUGACUGAAGAAUGGGCAAAAAUUGGGUUGGAAGCGCUGAAGAUUCCGCGCAGCGAGAAGUGCGGCAUCGUCGACGUGCUCGGUGAGCCAGUCAAGAUCGAACAGUGGACGGUCUACGGACUGCCGAACGACGACUUGUCUAUCCAAAACGCCAUUAUCAUCGACAAGUCGCGCCGGUGGCCGCUGAUGAUCGACCCGCAAAGGCAGGCGAACGCCUACAUCAAGGCGUACGGCAAGAAGGUUUCCGAGGGCGGGUUUGAGACCUGCAAGCUGUCCGACCCGAACUUCCUGCGUGUCCUCGAGUUGGGCAUUCAAUUCGGGAAGUGGAUUCUCCUGGAGAACGUCGGUGAGGAGCUCGAUGCCGCACUGGAGCCGAUUCUGAUGCAGCAGAAAGUCAAGGACGGCGGGAGCUACGUGAUCAAGCUCGGUGACAAGAACGUCACCUACAUGGAUUCGUUCAAGUUUUUCGUGACCACAAAUCUGUCCAACCCGCACUACCCACCCGAAGUUUCCGUGAAAGUCACGAUUCUCAACUUCGCCAUCACGCAGGACGGUUUGCAGGGCCAGAUGCUCGGGAUCGUGGUUGCGAAGGAAGCACCGGAGUUGGAGGAGAAAAAGUCCGCUUUGGUGAAGGACUCCGCCGAGAUGAAGAAGCAGCUGAAAGAAAUCGAGGACGAGAUUCUCAGGCUGCUCGCGGCGUCUGGUGGCAACAUCUUGGAGGACGAUAUCAAAAGGAAAAAUCCCCCCUCCCCAUAUCGAAAACGAAAUCUGUGAUGCUGGAUUUGAGUACACAAAUGUCUUGCUGAAGAGGACUGCAGGCCCACAUCAAGCCUGAGUGGAGAGGUUUUGGCCUAGGCACUUAGCAUGAGAAACGUCUGCGCUGUAGGCCAAACAGCAUCACAAACCGCCCGAAUAAUGCGGCGGAGCCUGUGGAGUUGCCUUCUUGCAAGACAGAGAUCAUCUGUGGCCGCAAAUCAGCAUUGCAAAUUUUCUGCGACGUACCUUUUCGAUAUGGGGAGGGGGGAUUUUUGCCCGCGAUAGACGAGACCUUGAUCAACACGCUCGCGCAGUCGAAGCAGGCCGCCAACGUUAUCACACAGAAAAAAGCUGGUAGGGCAUAUUUGUAAUGCAAAAAUAAAUACACAAAAAAAUCUGCAUUGCAUAUCCGAAACAGCAUGCUAUGGGGCCACCCAUGACAAUUUUUUCUGUGUAAAUGUUUUUGCAUUACAAAUAUGCCCUGCCAGCUUUUUUCUGUGGGAUAAACGUGAUCAACAAGAAGGUCGAGGAGGGAAAGGUGACCGAGAGGGAAAUCGACGUUGCGCGCGCCGGGUACAUUCCGGUCGCGUUUCGCGCCUCGGUUCUGUUCUUCUGCGUCGUGGAGUUGAUUCAGAUUGACCCCAUGUACCAAUUUUCACUGCAGUGGUUCCAGAUGCUUUUCGGUAUUUCCGUCGAGAACGCGCCGGCCGCGAAGGUGUUUGAGGAACGGCUCGAAAUUUUGAAGGAUUUUUUCACCUACAACUUGUACAACAACGUGUGCCGGGCUUUGUUCGAGAAGCACAAAACCAUGUUCUCGUUCUCCCUCGCGUUGCGCUUGCUGCAGGGCGACGGGAAGAUGGACUUCACGGAGCUGCGGUUUCUGCUGACCGGCCCCACGGUGAACGUCGACGACGGGCUGCCCAAUCCGGACCCCAGCUGGAUCUCGGGGGUCUGCUGGAACGAGAUCCUGACGGUCGACAGGCUACCCGCCUUCAAGGGCGUGGCGCAGGCGGUCUGCGACGACCCGGCGGCGUGGAAGGUUAUUUACGACACGCCGGAGGCCCACGAGGUGCCCUUGCCGGGGGUCUGGAACGAGAAGCUGAUCACGUUUCAGAAGUUGCUCGUGCUUCGCACCAUCCGGCUGGACAAGCUCGUGCCCGCGAUCACGAAUUUCAUCACCGAAGCCAUCGGCGGCAAAUUCGUCGAGCCACCGACCUUUGACAUCGCUACGUCGUACGGAGACUCCACGGCCUUCACGCCCUUGAUCUUCGUGCUGGUCACGGGUUCCGAUCCGGUCGGAGAAAUGCUCGCGUUCGCCGAGGAGUGCGGCAAGGCAAACAUGCUCUCUUCCAUCUCCCUCGGCCAGGGACAGGGGCCGAAAGCAGCAAGAAUGAUCGAGGAAGCGAAGACAAAGGUAAGGAAGUAUCUAUACGCUGGGUACUAGUAGGUCUUCGCGUCUGUCAUGCAUAAUGGUGAUUUAAUGUUCAUCAAUACCUGCUGCAGCUGCAUUUUUUAGACGGAAAGGUAUUAAGGGACCACGACGAUAAUUGGGCGUGCCAAGAGGCGCCGUUUCAAAUCAUCGCGAUGAUGAUCGUCGAUGUACCAUUAUCAUUGAUCAGUUUCCUUUUAGUAUGUGUAGUUCUCUCUUCUUCUUCAAGUUCGAAUCACAUAAAACAGGGCGGCUGGGUAUUGCUCCAGAAUUGUCACUUGGCCAUCUCGUGGAUGCCUGAGCUCGAGCGGAUUUGCGAGCAGCUGAACCCGGAAGAGGUGAACCCAGACUACCGCCUGUGGCUCACUUCGAUGCCCUCGCCGGCGUUCCCAGCGCUUCUUCUCCAAAACGGGGUCAAAAUGACGAACGAACCUCCCGCGGGGUUGAAGGCGAACUUGAUGUACACGUUCACACGAUUGGACGAUAAGAUGCUGGACGACUGCUCUAACCCGUCCGCGUUCAAGAAGGUGAUGUUCGCGUUCGCCUACUUUCACGCCAUUGUGCAGGAAAGAAGAAAGUUUGGGCCGAUCGGGUGGAACAUUCCGUACGGAUUCACGAACGAAGAUUUGGCCACAUGCAGGAGGCAGGCGAAGCACUUCUUGGACAAAUACGAGGAUGUGCCAUACAAGGUUUAAAAAAAUACUAUAAAUAUCAAUGGAUCCGAUCAUCGAUGUUGACUUCGAGUUUAUUCCUGUGCUACUUCUGAACAAACAUGUAUGAACUUCAACUUUUCGGGUCUUUCUAUAACAUGGUAAAGAGAUUCGUUUAGCCAAGAUCGCUUUGAGAAAAAAAUAUCAGGUGUUGAACUACCUGGGCUCAAAGAUUAACUAUGGCGGGCGAGUGACCGACGCACAGGAUAAGAUUCUGGCCUCGGCGAUUCUUGUCAUGUACAUCCGUCCAGAACUUAUCGAGCAAGGCAGCGGCUACAAAUUUUCGGAGUCCGGCAUCUACUACUGCCCAGACGCAACCUGUCAACAGGACUUCGUGGACUACAUCAAGACGUUACCGCUCAUUCCAACGCCAGAAGCGUUUGGAAUGCACGAGAACUGUAAAUGAAAGCUUUGUUUAUUUGCUGCAAAAGUAAUUCAUCCCCAAGGUGGUCGUGGGAUUGGGAGCAUGGUCUCUGAUGUUGGUCUACCUGAAUGCAUGUCCUCCAAUCGGGCCGGCGCAUACGCAUUUAGAAGGUACUUACGUUCUUUCGAAAGAACCAAAAUUGAAAAUCAUGAUUGAUCAGGUAACAUCACCUACGCAGAGGAGCAAGCGCGGCUGCUGCUCGCGAAUAUUCUUUCCAUGGCUCCGCGGUCGGGUGGCGGCAAGGGCGCGAGCCGCGAAGAGGUGAUUGACGAGCUGGUAGAAAACCUGCUCGCGAACAUAUUACAAUGAAAAAUGCCCCCACCCCCGAACGUGAAAGCAUUUGUAUUGCAAAUCUUUCCAAAUGAAACAUUCGCCCUCUUGCGUGUAUCAGCAUCACAGAUUUCCGAUCGUGAAUAGCAAAAAUUUGUGUUGCAAAAGAUCCCAGCAAGAGCGGUACUUGUCAUGCAAGCGAUGCGAAACACGACUGGAAUCUGCAUCAGAAAGAUUCGCACUCCUUUCAUGCAUGACAAAAAGCUUUCAUUUGGAAACUUCGCAUCACAAAUUCUUGCAAGUUCAGGGGUGGGGGGCAUUUUUCACUGUGAUAGAACACGCCGCAGCCGUUCGACAUGGAAUACCUCGAAGAGCGGUUAUCCUGAGUAAAAACGUACCCACCCCAUAGUUGUAAUGCAAAUCUGCAUGCUGAAAAUGUUUCUCAUGCGGAGCCCCAUGAGAAGCGUUUUAUAGUCGUGCUUUGCAAUUUGUCAUGCUCCAAUCAGCAUGGUAUGCUAGAUCUGUGAUGCUCCUGAGCUAGCUCAAACAGCACUACAGUACGAGUCCAAAUUUGUCAUGCAAAACAGCCAAAACUUGUGGAUUUGUCUAGCCGAUUCCCCAUCUUGACUCUGGUGUGGGUACGUUUUUACUCAGGAUAGCGGUUUCCAACGCUUUACGAGGAGUCGACCAACACCGUGAUCAAGCAGGAAGCCCUGAAGUACAACCGACUUUUGAGCAUCAUGCACAAGUUCCUCCCGACGCUGCGACGAGCGUUGAAGGGGUUUGUCGCGAUGAGCGAAGACCUGCUGUCCAUGGCCAACUCGAUGUACAACAACUUAGUCCCGGACAUGUUUUCCGCACCGCCGGCUGGCAGUGUUGGAUUCCUCUCCCUGAUGCCUCUAUCCUUCUGGACGAAGGACCUCAACAAGCGCAUCGACUUCAUCCAGAAUUGGGUGGACGUGAAGGUGCCAAGCUGCCUGUGGCUCUCCGGUCUGUUCUUCCCGCAGGCCUACUUCACGGGUUCGCUACAGAACUUCGCGCGGAAGACGCACGUCGCCAUCGACAGGUGCGCGUUUGGCUUCGAGGUGCUGGACAACAAAAGCCCCGCGCAGAUCACCACGCCCGCAGAAUCCGGGGUGUACGUGUACGGAAUCUAUCUGGAGGGCGCGCGCUGGAGCCCGGAAUUCCACGCAUUGGACACGUCAAUACCGAAGCAGCUGUACUUCACCAUGUACCCACUGCACAUGCUUCCGAUGAUCGACCGCAAAAUGCCGAAGGGGUGCUAUGAGUGCCCGAUUUACAAGACGCUGGCGCGACGAGGUACGCUGAGUACAACGGGACACAGUACCAACUUCGUCAUGAACAUGACCCUUACCAGUCGGGAGGCGCCGGAAAGGUGGACGGUAUCCGGGCUGGCCGGGUUUUUGGCGCUCAAGGUGGUCCUGGACUGAGCAGCCAGGAAAAUGAUGUCCGAGAAGCAGUCUUAGCAAGUUACAAACAAAAUCAAAUCAUGAAGAACUCAAACCGAAAGAAAACUCAUUUCCAACAGAAUAUGCUUUUUCACUAUUAAUAACUAGAAGGAAUCAGACACAGACAAGCAACCGACUCCAACGUCGGUUGAGCAGAACUUUAGAGUUUUAGAUUUCAAUGGAACACAAUAGUUUACUGGAAUAUAGCAAUAGUAGACUCCAGGUCAAGUUUGAACUCAGAUUUCUCGGGUUUUACAACUCCGCUCUAGGUACAACUUAGUCUAGUUAAAAGGUACACGUUCCUCGUUUCUCGUCUUUGCCGUUUCACUUUUCCAUAAAAAGAGAAAAUCGUCCUUCCGGCUUUUGUUUUGUUUCCAAAAGCAUAUCCUGCCGGAAAAGCGGACUGGAAGCCGAAAGCGAAGCGACCCGAAAAACUUGAAAAUAUUCCGACAUUUCUUCACUUGAACAGAACAAUCAACUUUUCUAUCAUACUUAGGUGUUUCUUGACAAUUUGACAAAACGGGGAAAAAAGGUGGUACGGUUAGUACAGAACUUGAACUCAGCCUUGAACUUUUCUAUGUGAUUCACUCCAAUAGCAAAACGCUGGCUCUUAUGUGCGCAUCAAAAUGUCUAGUUGGUCUUUUGUACCGUGGGAUUUUUCAUAUUCAUCGAUUAUGAACCUGUAGCUACAGCUUUCCUUCUAAACUAGGUGUACGAUCAAAACGCACAAUCCAGACGGCGAGCACUUGUGGGCACAACAGUCCCACGGCGACCAGGGUAACGGCAGAAGAUAUUUUUCAUGUUCCGACUGUCUUGAAGCAUGGUCGGCCCCGUCCGAUGUGGCUGAAUGACAGUGCCGAAGGGAGCGUGAGGGAAACAAUGCCAUGUAUUCAUUCUUGAGAAAAUCAUGCGGUACUAGAGAGAAAGAGAGUGCAAGCAAGAGAGAAGCCUUUUUUUCGCCGCGUCCUCAUCGUCAUACAUUCAUGAUUGCCUGUAGUUG